CGACGAUCCUCUACACCGAUCGCCAUGGGCAAUGCGAUCAAGCUGAACGGGAACACGUACAGCAUACGCGGGAAGCUCGGGACGGGAGGAUUCUCGGAGGUGUACUUGGUGGAAGGCAGACUGUGUCCGAAUGCACAUCUUCCAUCGGAUCGGACAGAGCACGACGAAAACAAUGACUCGCUGUAUGCUCUCAAAGUCAUGCAGUGUGACGACGAUGACCAGCUCCGUCGAGCACUCAUGGAAGUUCAGGUGCAUCGCCGCCUCAAACACCCAAAUGUUGUGCCGCUCGUCGAGUCAGAGAUUCGAAUGAAGGUGACACGGCAUCACUCGGCUGUGCAAAAUGCGCUGUCGAAAACCAAAGAAGUCCUCCUGCUAUUUCCGGUCUACUCGAUGGGAUCUCUGCAACAACUCCUCAACAAAGCCGAACACAUGCCCCUCUUUGACGAACCUGCGUGCCUCCAUAUCUUCCUUGGUAUUGCCCGAGGCGUUCGCGAAAUCCACGCGCUCGGGCUCGCGCACCGCGACAUCAAGCCCGGCAAUGUCCUCCUUAGCGACACGUAUGCACCUGUCGUGAUGGACUUGGGGUCGACCGCUCCGCUCUACGUCUCCAUCAACAACCAUCGUGACGCUACUGUCCUCGUCGAAGAAGCGGCUCAGUUCUCGAGCGCUCCAUACCGGGCACCAGAGCUUUGGGACGACUCGUUCCGCGGCACGGUGAGCGGCAAGGCAGACGUUUGGUCCCUCGGGUGCAUACUCUACGCUCUCGUCUUUGGCCCGUUCGGUCCAUUUGAGUCGCCCCACGACGGUGUCCAGCGCUUGGCGAUCCUAAACGGCACAGUGAAAUUCCCGUCCCAUGUCUCCUCCGACGGAGGCGUGUCCGUGGCGUACGUGGCGCUCAUUCAGCGACUGCUUCAAGUAAAUGUCGACAACCGGCCGACCUUGGACGACGUGAUUACAGCUACUGAAAAGGUAUAUUGACAAAGAGCAUGCGAUGGAACUUAUUCCCACGUUUCUUUCGGGGGGAAUCGUAUGCAGCUCCUCGAGAGUAUUACCUGCCCGGACAACGACUUCGUCGGCGUCGUCGGCAAGGGCUUUUCGUCCGAUCCAGAUUCCGUCGCGUCGUCCACAGGACAAAGGAAGACCCAAGCAAGGGACCUCGCGUAUAAAGGACGAUCCAUUCUAAACACCGCGCUAGCAUUGUGACCGGUGCAGCCAACGUGAAUGCGAUCGACUGUGAUCUCCACGGAUUGCUUCGUAGUGGAUCCACAGCUGCGGCAGCAACGGUGCAGGCGUUCGAGUGCAGCGCGACGAGCGUCCGACACACUCCACCUGUGACCAACUUCGAAUUCGUCGCGCAAAUGCAGUGAAAAGUGACAGGGAUUCCAUCGAUUAGUGGACAGGUGACACUGGCGUGACCAGACGGAAGGAAUACACGUGACAGUUUGUGCC